AUGUCCUGUUCUUUUGCUCUUGAAGUUUGCCUUCGAAUGGCAGAGGUAGAAAUGUUAAUAGCAUCUCAUAUGGCAACUGCUAUAGGCGUAUCAGAUGAUCGUACAGACCUUCUUUGCACAUCUCCUUCUGAUCCUAUCCUUGCAUCUGGUAUAUUAAAAGGAAUCAUCAAAGUUGGUCUUGAAGAUUGUUUGGAUACACUGUUGAAACAGUUCAGCCAUAGAGUAGUUGAGGCAGGAGAAAGAGGAGAGCUUGUUCUCUUAUUAUUAUUUUUAAAAGCUCUCUGUAAAGGAAUUGAUGAAAAAAUUGAUGAUCUUUUUGAAAAGAUGCAUAUAGAUAAGGCAGAAAUUGAAAAUCUUAUUCGAGAAGCUUAUCACAGACACACUGCCUUCAAGAUGCCAUUAGGAUUUUCCAUUAUUGAUUACGUUAUUCCUUUCAAAUACUUCACUAACAAGUCUGCCUUUGAUAACAAUAAUUUUGAAGGUAUUAUUCUGGGUAUCUAUAUUGAUAAUGAUACAAGUAAUUAUAGCAUAGAUAUGAAAGAGGUAGAUUCUAUAGUAUUGCGAGGCAAAAAUCCUGUUACCAAUAGAGCUAUCUAUAUUGAAAAUAUCUGA